UAAGGACGCCAAACAUGGCGUGAGUUUCAAACCGUCCCUGGAUAAAUGUUACAAAGGAAAAUAAUUGGGUUGGAGACAUGCAGCCGAGACCAGAGGAUCGGAGCAGAAAGCCCGACUGGAGCCAGAGAGCAUAGAGGAGAACCCGAGACCCCAAGGAGGCCCGUCGUCUUCAGCUCCUCAGGUCACAGAGAGGAGGCGAGAGAGGAAGAGGAAAGAGGAGUGAUGAAGAGGAGCGUGAGGGCGAGGAGGUCGUCCUCAGAGGGGAGGGAGAUCAGCCAGGAGUCCAGAGAGCUCAGAUGGAGGCUCAACCAGCUGGAGAAGGAGAAUCUGAAGCUUUCAGUGCGCCACAACCAGGAGGUGUGUUUCCUGCAGGCGGAGGUGGCCCGUUUUCGCUCCUUCAUGGAGCGCGGCGAGGCUCAGCGGAUGAAGCUUCAGUUCCUGCUCGCUGCCAGCCGCAGAGAGAGCAACCGGGUCGCCGAGCUCGACCGGGACAGAACCGCUCUGACAGAGAAAUCAGCAGAGCUGCAGCAGACCAUCGCAGAGCUGCGGAAAACUCUGCAGGUCAGCCAGCAGGCCAGGCAGGAUGACCAGCAGGCGCUGCAGCAGGAGGUGGAGGAGAGGGACCAGCUGAUCCAGAACUUCAGCUCUGAAAAUCAGCGGCUGCACCAACUGCUUCAGGACCAGCAGGCGGCUCUGGAGGCGUCUGAGAGGAAAAUGGCCGACCUGCUGCGGGAGAGACAGAAGGAGGCGGAGGAAAGCAGACUGCUAGCCGAAGAGCUGAAGAGUCUGCAGGAGAGGAGCGGCAGGGAGAAGGAGAUCGCAGAUGAGAAGGUGAAGCAUCUGGAGGCGGCGAAAACGGCUCACCUGGAGUCCAGGAGCAACCUGGAGCUGCGGGUUCGGGACCUGGAGGCAGCGGUGGCAGUGGAGAAGUCCGGCCACAAGGAGGCGCAGUGCAACCUGGAGCUGCUGCGAACGCACUUCAGAGAGCUGGAGAGAGCUUACAGCCUGGAGAGGGAGAGGAGGGGUCACACUGAGCACAGUCUGGAGCGCCUGCAGACAGAGUUCAAUCACUGCAAGACUGAGAUGGCGGUUGCCUUGGAAACCGAGAGGAAGGCAACCUCUGACCUCUCAAAAAAACGUGAGGAGGAGAAGAAUCAACUUGGCAAAACGCAGUCGUUGCUGCAGCAGGCAGCAGCGCAGCGUUCUGAAGCAGAGGAUGCCUUCCACAGCUUCCUGCAGCAGAUCAUCGCCCUGCUCGGCACCAUGGCUCAAAACACAGCACAACCUGCAAAGCAUGAUGGGAAACCGAGUCCCGCUGAGGUCCUGCAGCUGCUGGCGGUCACUCUGAGCACCAAGCAGCACAGACUGGAGGAAACCACCCUCCAGGUCCAGGAUCUGCUGGCGGCGACCCAGAAGCUCCACGAGGAGAACCAGCUGCUCCAGCAGCUGACCUCAGACCAGCAGAAACAAAUUGGUGAGGCGCAGCAGGUGCUGGGCCAGCUGCAGGACGAGGUCUCUGAUUGGUCGAUGCAGAACGCGGCGCUGCAGGAGGAGCUACAGACAGUGAAGGAGGAGAGCAGAAAGGAGAUCCGGGAGAUGAGAGACGAGUUCAGCAAGGAGUCAGCGGUCCGCCUGGCCUUCCUGCACCACCUGAACCAGCGCCUGCUGACCGGCUGCGUCCUCAUCCAGCCGCCCCACAGCAUUCUGGGAGACUUCACCUGGAGGGAGCUGUGUGAUGUCAUCAGCGAGCAGGUGGAGCAGAUGACCUCUGACCUGCAUCAGGCCAAGGACAAGAUCGCUCACCUGCAGAGUGUGUGUGACAAGAAGAGUGUGUGUGUGCGUGAGCUGAAGCGCAGCCAGGAGUGUGUGUUGUCUAGCCUGCAGGAAAACAUGAAGAGGAGAGAGGAGACAUGGAGCCAGCAGCACACACACACCGUCAACCAGCUGCAGAACCAGCUGCAGAUGUGUCGCUCUCAGUGCGACGCCCGCGUCUCCUCCCUGGAGCGCCGCUGCUCCUCGCUGACCUCUGACCUCUCCCGGAGCUGGCGGGAGUCGUUGUCCUUGUCGGCGGCCUGCGGCCUGCUGGCGGGCGCCCUGAGGCACGCCCGCGGCUGCGUGCGCUCCCUGUCCGAGCAGAAGGCGGUCCUGGGCCGGCGGCUGGCCGAGCGGGAGCGGCUGGAGCUGGAGGUCCGGAAGCUGGCGGACGCGCUGGGCGGCGAGCGGACGGAGGAGGAGGAAGAGGAGGAGCGAGGAAGGAGGGCGAGGAGGAGGUGGAGGAGCGGCGCGGGCGCCGUGAUGGCGGUGAACCGGUGGACGGCUCUGAGGAAGGAGACGGAGGUGGUGCUGCGGCUGGAGAGGAGCGGCGGCAGCGUCUGCGUGUGUGCAGCGCCGCGUACGGCAGCCCAGAAGGGAGCUGAAGUUCCUGAAAGAGUUUUUUCUCGCUGGCUUCGCUCUAAAAGCCUCUCCGCCAUCAUUCUGUCCUCCAUGGUCGACCUGCAGGGGGCGCUGGCUGACUCAGACUCCUCUCCCGCUCAUGUAAUGGCCGCCGCUCGCUCCGGGUUCUCCCGCCUCCUGGACCAGCUGCUGGACCAAUCAGCUCGCAGUGUUUCCUCCGGUUCGGCUGAGCGGAUCGCAGAGCGCUCCUCCCUGAAGGUAGAGGUAGAGGUUUGGAUCUGGUUCUGCAGAACCUCUCCCUCUGCUGACCUCAUGUCCCCCUGCCAGACUCUCAUCUCCGGCCUCCAGCAGCACUUCCUGCUCUUCAGCCAACGGCUGCACGCCGCCGAGGUGGAGAGGCGGAGCCUGCGGCUGGAGGUGUCCAACCUGAAGAAAGGGCUGCAGCAGGAGCGGGCGGAGCUGGUUCUGAUGGUUCCGACGGAGCGAUUCCAGACGGCCUGCGAGGAGCUGAGGCUCUCUCUGAACCGAGAGCAGGAGGCGCAGGAGCUGAUCCAGGAGCAGAGCAGGCAGCUGCAGCUGCUGCAGCAACGGGUCGACAAGCUGGCCUCAGAACAGCACACACUGACCCACAGCAAACAGCUGAGCCGUAAAGAAAGCUCCCUGAGAAUUCUGGGUAAGCAGCUGGCGGGCGUUCAGAAGGAGAAGAGGCAGCUGGAGCAGCAACUGCAGGGAGCCGAGGAGCAGCUGAGGGACGCGGUCAGGCGGCAGCAGUUCGUGAUUCUCUGCCUGAAGGCUGCAGAGUCGAGCUGUAAGCAGGUCAGAGAGAGUCUCGCCCAGUCGCAGCACUCUGCCCCAACUCAGCGGCGCCCCCUGCUGUUCACCCUGGACUACCUGAAUAUGAGCGAAGAGAAACACCUGAUGGCAGCUCCUGAGGUGGCAGCGUGUCAGAGCUUCCUGUCCGUCGUCUCUCAGCUCCACCAGGCCUGCUGCUCCCGGAUGGACUGGCUGGAGCAGGAAGUCUCCGCCCACCACAGUCAUGUGACCGCGCUGCGCGGCGAGCUGCAGGACGCCUGCCUCCGCGAAAACCUGGCCUUCAUUCCCGUGGACGCUCUUCCUGGACCGGAGGGCGAUGAGGAGAAACGCGACUUUCUUCCUCUAUCUGGUUUCUCUGAGAAGCCGAUCUGUAAGGAAGACGUGACCCGUCAGUUCUGAUCUGAAGCACGCUGAAACAAAAACUCGCUCCUGGUUUCAGUCCUGGGAUGUUUCAAAGAUGAGAAGUCGGAUCAACCUGGAAGUUUCAUCUUCAGGAAGUUUUAAUCAGCUGAGCUGCUGACCUGUGGAGGUUCCUGCUUCAAAUGUCUCAGAAAAACCAAACAGGACAUUUUACUCUGAUCUCUUUCUGUUAUUUAAAUGUCAGUCUAACUUCAUGCAAUUUUUUAUCAACAGACGACAAAGAGGGACACAAAUGAAUCCCUAAUUCAAAAUGAGAAGGAAAAAGUGGGUAAAAAAGGAAAAGAAGGCAAAUUCUUGGGGAGAAAGAAAACUGACGAAUAAAACAGAGGAAACGGUCAAAAUGUCCCCACAAAGUCAGAAAUACACAAAACAAUAAGAAAAAAAGGAAAAAGAGAAAAAAAUAUUCGAGAAGGAAGCAGUUGUUGGGUUUUUAAACCUGCGGAGAUAAGAAGGAGAAAAGAGAUAAAAUAAAUAAAGUCAAGAAAAAUGAAAUUCUCCUAAAAAAACAGAAAAAUGACCAGAAUGGAGAAAAGAAGCUGUAAGUUUAUAAAGGGAUCCAAACCCAUAAUCAGUUUUAUUAGUCAUGAUUUUUAUUUGUUAGACCAUAAAAAUAUGUUAGAAAAGCUCAACACACAAAGCUUUGUGCUUUUGGGACAUUUAGUUUGUUGUUAGCGCCCCCUAGAGCCCAAACUUUAUUUAGCUUGAUCAAUUCUCAGACUUCAUAUGAUAAAUAGAAAGCAGAUUUUCGCCCAGAAGCCACGCCCACCUUCUGCAUGUAAACCGCCUCAGAGGUUGAGUCGGCCAUUUUUGUGAAAUAAACGGUUUAAAAUCA